AUGGCAGCUAUCGAUUCCUUGGUUACAGCUCAUGUCAUAGGAGAUGUCUUGGACCCCUUUAACACCAGCGCUGAUCUGAUGGUCCUAUUCAACGGUGCUCCUAUUAUCAGUGGCAUGGAGUUGCGCUCCGCGGCGGUGUCCGAUAGGCCGACGGUCGAGAUUGGAGGAGAUGACUAUCGCGAUGCAUAUACCCUGGUGAUGGUCGAUCCCGAUGCUCCUAACCCAAGCAACCCAACGUUGAGGGAGUACCUGCACUGGAUGGUGACUGACAUACCAGCAUCAACUGACAAUACAUACGGCCGCGAGCUCGUAUGCUACGAGCCCCCUUCCCCGGCGACGGGCAUCCACCGCAUGGUGCUGAUAUUAUUCCGGCAGCUCGGCCGGGAGACGGUGUUCGCGCCGUCGAGGCGCCACAACUUCAACACCCGUGGCUUCGCCCGCCGCUACAACCUCGGCGCGCCCGUCGCGGCAAUGUACUUCAACUGCCAGCGCCAGUCCGGCUCCGGCGGCCCGAGGUUCACCGGGGCUUACACCAGCCGCCGCCGUGCCGCCGGCUGA